AUGGACGCCGCGUUCGAGCGACUCGAAGACGAUCGCUCGCCGUCGACGACGCCGCGACGGGCGUACCACCUUCGAGCGACGACGACGUCGAGACGAUGGUCCGUCGCGACGUCGAGCGCGAGCGCGCGGCGGGGGCGCGCGACAGAGGACGGCGAGGACGACGGAUCGAGCGCGGGCGCGGACGCGCGGACGCGGGCGACGGGACGACGCGCGGAGACGACGGCGAGGACGGAGACGCGAUCGGGAUGGGAGACGCCGGGGAAUUUUGCGUUCGCGACGCCGAUGCGCGAUGACGGAGGGAAGACGGCGUCGCCGAGGACGCCGUCGUUGACGAGGGAUUCUCCGUGCGCGGCGCGAUUGGACGCCCUGCUCGCGGCGCCGGUGAAACCGAACUUUGGCGUCCAGCGCACGCCGAAUGCGACGCCGUUAAAACUGCGUUUCGAUGGGUUCGAGGUGGAGAAGCCGAAGAAGCGCCCGCGAGGGAAGGUGAGCGAUGUGUUCAGGGCGACGAAGAGCGCGGCGACGCCCGCGAGGUUGACGCGCGCGAAGCGCGGGCGAGUGUAA